CAUGUACAGCAGCAGUAUGCAUAAUAUAUGCUGAAGGCCUGUACUGUCACAUGUUCAAUCUUUCUCUCACAUGACCAACUUGUUUGGCCCCGUGACUAGCGCUAGAAAUCCUGAUUCGUUUUUGCUUUCCCACACGUUUUAACCACAUGGAUGUUCUCGAUCAUACACUAGAUCAAGGACCACAAGACAAGGACAAAGAUUUAGACGAAGAGGUUACAGUACAUCUAACAGCAGAUGGAGAUCAGGUUGUUACAGACCCCAGUGGAGAGGGGCCAUUUGCUGAGAAUAUCCAGUAUCAGUUCCGUACUGACAGCAAUGGACAGAGCCAGGUAACAUACCGAGUGGUUCAGGUAGGAGAUACUGAAUCCAAUCCGCAAGCCGUUGUGACGACAUUCCCCCAGGGACAACAAGCUUUGACACAGGUCAUCCAGGGGUCGUUCAAUGGAGAGAGUCCGACGAGUGAAAGUCAGGGAGGAGAGACAAGGUUCACCUACUUUCCUGCUGCAUCGGCGAUGGGUGGCGAUGGUGGAGGGACGGCUAGCGGUGGUGAACAACCUGGGAUCGCUGCACAGCCAACGGGUUCUUCAGGUGGUCAGUUUUACGUGAUGAUGUCACCCCAAGAUGUCCUACAAGGAGCAUCACAGAGAACCAUUGCACCAAGGACACACCAGUUCAAUGCGAAGGUGGACAGUGCAAGAACAGUGCGAGAUGAGAGGAGGAGAGCCACACACAAUGAGGUAGUAGAAAGAAGAAGAGAUAAAAUCAACAAUUGGAUCGUCAAACUAUCCAAAAUCAUCCCAGAUUGCAACAUAGAUCAUUCCAAACAAGGCCAGAGUAAAGGCGGUAUCCUCUCAAAGACAUGUGAUUAUAUCCAGGAGCUAAGGCAGUCUAAUACACGCAUGGCCGAGAGUCUGAAGGACACAGAGAGACUCUCCGUCGACAUUGAACUCAUGAGGCAACAGCUCGAAGAACUCAAAGGAGAGAACGCCCUCUUGAGAGCACAGUUACAACAGGCGGGAAUCGAUCCGACAGGAAGUUCAAAUUGAGAGACAUUUUUUUUUUUUUUUUUGAUGUCAGUAGGGGCGUCAGCUUUCAUAGGGAGUUGAUAAGUAUUCGCUGAAGCCAGACUUUGUGCAAAAGCAUUGGAAAUACCUGUAACAGGGAUAUCUUUGGGGACAGCAAACUUGAGUGUACCACUGAGAAAGUGGGUAAUUUCAAGUCAGGUGUUGGCCUUGGUGUUGAAAUUUGGAUUGCUUCCCCUAGCUUCAAAGCCUAUUCCGAGUU